AUGGAGGAGGAGCUUGACGAUUGGCAAGAUCUUUCGGUGGAUAGCUGUGACUCCAUGAAGUGGAUUCAAUGGUUUACCUCGCUUGAGGGCCAUGAAUUUUUACUUGAGGUUGAUGAAUCUUACAUUUUGGAUCAAUUUAAUUUAUGUGGUCUGAAGAGCAUGAAACACUAUGAUAGUGCUAUGGAUAUGAUCCUUGGUUUUGCUCCUACUGAGGAGUUGUUUGUGGAUGCUUCAUUCCUAGAGAUAUACCGAUCAGCUACCGAUCUCUAUGGAUUGAUCCAUGCACGUUUCAUCACGUCACCUAUGGGUCUUCAGAUGAUGAAAGAGAAGUAUCAGCAGGGCGUAUUUGGACAUUGUCCACGUGUCCGCUGCCAACGCCAGAACGUGUUACCGGUGGGAUUCAGCGAUUCGCUACACAGUCACCGCAUAAAGAAGUAUUGUCCUCGUUGUCAAGAGGCCUAUCUGUUUAAGCCUGGUGAGGCGAAUGCUGAUGUGGAUGGUGCUUUUUUCGGGCGAUCAUUUCCGCAUAUGUUUCUGCUUUCAUUCCCUCAUCUUAUCCCUGAGGAGCCGCCCAUACCUUAUGUUCCACGUAUAUUUGGUUUUAAAGUUCAUAAAAUAAGUUCUCUUAUUCAGAUCAAAUUAGAGAACGGUGAAUUUGGUCAUGCUCCAUUGGUUGAGCUGGAAUCGCAACCUUUACCUCAAAUAGAUGAUGACAGUGACAUUUGUCGCGCCCCCACCCAUUGUGUCGCAUCAUAUAGCGUUGUUCGCAGGGCCUCUAAGGUCUGCGAUGCGCUAGUUAUGUUCGGCGCUCACGCUGAGAGAUUGCCAUUCGUCUCACACCCUGGUGUGAUGGCGGUCGCACAAUUGUUGGAGAUGAAGUCAUUGGUCGAGCAUCGAGCUCAUUUUACCCAGGAUGAUGUGAACCGUAUGUACGAGUUCGACGCCUCUUUGGCUGAGAAAGCUCAGGUGGCUUUAGACCACGAUUUGCCUAUAUCUCACUACAAUUUGGAAUAUUUGGACAAGCCUGGUUUCUUGGAGCGUCUUCUAGAGGAGAAGCAAUUGAAUGAGUCCAUAGCGUCAGAGGUUUUGUCUGCUCCUGAGGGUAACUACGAACAACCUGAGGUGAUGUCUAAGUACCAACCACCCGAGAUACCACUUGAAUGGCGUCAACAUGAGCUUGCAUUGACUCAUGCCAUGGUUGAUGUACAACCAUCUAUCUUACGUGAGAUGGAGACUCAGAAGAAGAUGCGUGAGUUCAUGUCUCGCCACCAGAACAAAUGA